UUCGCCUGCUGGUGGCUGCUUUGCCAUUGCACACCUGGCAAGCCAAGUGAGCUGGAGCUGAGCAGAGAGAGAGAAAGAGAGAAGGUGUGUUGAUGCUACAUAAAUCUAAUGGCAAGAAUGAAGGUCCAUCUUCUGUCCAAGACACUGGGCUGGUUCCUCUUUGUCUUCAUAGCAGUUACAGCUCAAUUAAUCAGUCAUGUCCAGGGUCAAGUGGCCCCACCGUCAAGAUUAAGAUAUACUGUUGUUGAUCAUGACAGUAUUCAGAUUUCAUGGAAAGCCCCUAGAGGGCAGUUUGAUGGAUAUAAACUCCUUGUCACUCCAAAUGCAGGUGGAAAAACCAAUGAGCUCACUCUUCAAAACAAUGCAAACAAAGCAAUUAUCCAAGGUCUUAUCCCUGAUCAGAGCUAUACAGUUCAAAUAGUUGCAUUUGCUAAAGAUCAGGAAAGCAAGGCAGCUCAAGGCCAGUUCCGAAUUAAAGAUAUUGAGAAAAAGAAGGAAACAUCAGGCAAACCCAAGGUCAAGGAUGUAGGUAAAUGGAAACCUACUGUUGCAACAGAGGAUGCUGAAAGUACACCAUUUCCAAAAGUAGAAGAGAAUCAGUUUAAAUGCAAAACUCCAGCAAUUGCAGAUAUAGUGAUCCUGGUUGAUGGUUCUUGGAGCAUUGGCAGAUUCAACUUCAGGCUUGUUCGUCUUUUCCUGGAAAAUCUGGUUGCAGCCUUCAACGUGGGUUCUGAAAAAACAAGAAUAGGUCUUGCUCAGUAUAGUGGUGACCCACGAAUAGAAUGGCAUUUGAACACCUAUAGUACAAAAGAUGCUGUAUUGGAUGCUGUUCGUAACUUACCCUAUAAGGGUGGAAACACCUUAACAGGUCUUGCCUUAACUUUUAUUUUGGAAAACAACUUUAAGCCUGAGGCAGGUGCAAGGCCUGGUGUCCCCAAAAUUGGUAUAUUAAUCACAGAUGGGAAAUCCCAAGAUGAUGUCAUCCCACCUGCAAAAAACCUGAGAGAUGCUGGCAUUGAGUUGUUUGCUAUUGGUGUGAAAAAUGCGGAUGAAAAUGAACUGAAAGAGAUUGCCUCUGAACCAGAUAACACUCAUGUCUAUAAUGUUGCUGACUUCAGCUUCAUGAACUCCAUUGUGGAGGGUCUUACAAAGACAGUGUGCUCAAGAGUUGAAGAACAGGAAAAGGAAAUCAAAGGAACAUUGGUAGCUACACUCGGGGCUCCUACAGACUUGGUCACAUCUGAGGUGACAGCCAGAGGAUUUCGUGUGAGUUGGACUCAUGCCCCAGGCAAAGUGGAAAAAUACAGAGUUGUCUACUAUCCCACUAGAGGAGGGCAGCCAGAAGAGGUAGUGGUGGAUGGCAGUGUUUCAACAGCAGUACUGAAAAACUUGAUGUCUAUAACUGAAUACCAGAUAGCUGUAUUUGCCAUAUAUGUUAGUUCUGCCAGUGAAGGCCUUCGGGGUACUGCAACUACACUUGCUUUGCCAAUGGCAUCAGAUCUGGAACUGUUUGAUGUGUCUCAUAGCAGCAUGAGAGCAAGGUGGAGUGGUGUACCAGGUGCAACUGGUUAUAUGAUUCUCUAUGCACCUCUCACUGAUGGGCUAGCAGCAGAUGAAAAAGAGAUGAAAAUUGGGGAAAGCACAACUGAUAUUGAGCUGGAGGGACUGCUGCCAAAUACAGAAUAUACAGUUACAGUUUAUGCAAUGUUUGGAGAAGAAGCAAGUGAUCCUCUUACAGGACAAGAAACAACAUUGCCUUUAAGUCCACCGCGGAAUCUGAAGUUUUCAAAUGUUGGACACAGCUCAGCUAAAUUAACAUGGGAUCCUGCUCCUAAAAAAGUGAAGGGAUAUCGCAUUAUGUAUGUUAAGACAGAUGGAACAGAAACCAAUGAGGAAGAGGUUGGUCGUGUUUCAACACACACUCUGAGGAGUCUAACAUCUCUCACAGAAUAUACUGUUGCUAUUUUCUCUCUCUAUGAUGAGGGACAAUCUGAGCCGCUUACAGGCAGUUUCACCACAAAAAAAGUUCCAUCACCUCAGUAUUUGGAAAUACAUGAUGUAUCAACAGAUAGUUUUAGAGUCAGCUGGAAGCCGCCAUCCUCUGAUGUAGCGCUUUAUCGACUAGCAUGGAUUCCCUUGGGAGGGGAAGAAACUGAAGAGAUUGUCUUAAGUGGAGAGGUGGACACACACGACAUCGAAGGCUUGCUACCCAGCACAGAGUAUGAAGUGUCCUUGGUAGCCAUCUUUGAUGAUGAGAGUGAAAGUGAUGUUGUGGCUGUUCUUGGGACUACACUUGAAGUGAUGACUACCGAAAUGACCACGCUAACCACUACAAGCACAACAACCUUCCAGCCUACAACAGCAGUCUUUCGAACCGGAAUAAGAAAUCUCAUUAUAGAUGAAGAAACUACCUCAAGCUUGAGGGUGAAAUGGGAUAUUACAGAUUACAAUGUUCGUCAAUUCAGGGUGACAUAUCUCACUGCCAGAGGUGAUCGGGGUGAGGAAGCAGUAAGAAUGGUAAUGGUCCCUGGAAGGCAAAACAAUUUGCUUCUUCAGCCUCUGCUUUCAGACACUGAAUAUAAAAUUAUGGUCACUCCUAUCUAUUCUGAUGGAGAAGGUGCCAGCUUGUCAGUUCCAGGAAAAACUUUACCCCUGUUUGCUCCAGAAAAUCUAAGAGUCUCUGAUGAAUGGUACAAUCGAUUGAGGAUUAGCUGGGAUGCUCCCCCAUCACCCACAAUGGGAUAUAGGAUUGUGUAUAAACCUGUGAACAUUCCUGGGCCAGCACUGGAGACCUUUGUAGGAGACGAUAUCAACACUAUCCUUAUUUUGAAUUUGUUUAGUGGAACUGAAUACAGCGUUAAAGUAUUUGCUUCAUACUCAACAGGAUUCAGUGAUGCCUUAGCAGGUGUAGCCAAAACAUUGUAUUUAGGAGUGACAAAUCUGGGAGCUUAUCAAAUUCGCAUGACAAGUAUAUGUGCUCAGUGGCAACUUCACAGGCAUGCAACUGCAUACAGAAUUGUGAUAGAAUCUCUUGCUGAUGGAACAACAGGAGAAGUACUUGUGGGUGGAGGGACUCCUAGACACUGCUUUUUUGAACUCAUUCCUGGCACUGAAUACAAAAUCAGCAUCUAUACUCAACUACAAGAAAUAGAAGGGCCUGGAGUUAGCAUAAUGGAGACAACAUUACCUUUCCCAACCCAGCCACCACCAACUCCUUCAACCACCACCCCACAGCCUACAAUUCCUCCUGCAAAGGAAGUUUGCAAAGCUGCAAAGGCUGACCUUGUGUUUUUGGUGGAUGGAUCAUGGAGCAUUGGAGAUGACAACUUCAACAAAAUAAUUGGAUUUCUGUACAGCACUGUUGGAGCUCUUGAUAAAAUUGGCCCUGAUGGAACUCAGGUGGCAAUUGCACAGUUUAGUGAUGAUCCCAGAACAGAAUUUAAACUAAAUGCCUACAGUACAAAGGAAACUCUUCUGGAGGCUAUCCAACAAAUAGCAUACAAAGGAGGAAACACCAAAACAGGCAAGGCAAUUAAACAUGCUCAGCAGGUUUUAUUUACCAUUGAUUCUGGGACCAGAAAGGGGAUCCCAAAAGUUUUGGUAGUGAUCACAGAUGGACGAUCACAAGAUGAUGUGAACAAAGUCUCCAGAGAGAUGCAGCUAGACGGGUUCAGCAUAUUUGCCAUCGGAGUAGCUGAUGCUGACUACUCAGAACUGCUUAACAUUGGCAGCAAGCCUAGUGAAAGGCAUGUCUUCUUUGUGGAUGACUUUGAUGCCUUUAAGAAGAUUGAAGAUGAACUGAUCACCUUUGUCUGUGAAACAGCAUCAGCAACUUGCCCAUUGGUUUACAAAGAUGGCAACAGUCUAGCAGGAUUUAAAAUGAUGGAGAUGUUUGGCUUGGUUGAAAAGGAGUUUGCAAGCGUGGAAGGAGUUUCUAUGGAGCCAGGGACAUUUAAUGCCUACUCCUGUUACAAACUGCAUAAGGAUGCCUUGGUUUCCCAGCCAACCAAAUAUUUACACCCAGAGGGGCUUCCUUCAGACUACACCAUCACUUUUCUUUUCCGCAUACUCCCUGAAACACCACAGGAGCCAUUUGCUCUCUGGGAAAUUUUAAACAAGGAAUAUGAGCCUCUAGUUGGAGUUAUUUUGGACAACGGUGGCAAAACCUUGACUUUCUUCAAUUAUGACUACAAAGGUGAAUUCCAGACAGUUACUUUUGAAGGACCUGAUAUAAAGAAAAUAUUUUAUGGAAGUUUCCAUAAGUUGCACGUAGUCAUAAGCAAAACAACAGCUAAAGUGGUGAUUGACUGCAAACAAGUGAGUGAAAAAAUGAUCAGUGCUGCAGGGAACAUUACUUCUGAUGGGAUAGAAGUACUGGGGAGAAUGGUUCGAUCAAGAGGACCAAGGGACAACUCUGCACCAUUCCAGUUGCAGAUGUUUGAUAUUGUUUGUACCACAUCAUGGGCCAAUAGGGAUAAAUGCUGUGAACUUCCGGCUUUGAGGGAUGAAGAAAGCUGCCCAGCCCUUCCUCAUGCUUGUUCAUGUUCCGAAGUCAGCAAGGGACCUCAGGGACCACCUGGACUACCAGGUGGUCCGGGUCUCCGAGGUCCAAAGGGUAACCGUGGUGAUCAUGGUCCAAAGGGACCAGAUGGCCCGCGUGGUGAAAUUGGAGUUCCUGGUCCUCAAGGACCACCUGGACCACAGGGACCAAGUGGACACUCAAUUCAAGGACCUCCGGGAGCAACUGGUGAAAAGGGCGAAAAAGGAGAAGUUGGCCGUCCUGGCUUACAGGGUGUCCCUGGUGGAUCUGGAUCUCCAGGACGAGAUGGAAAUCAAGGCCAAAGGGGUCUGCCAGGCAAAGAUGGUCCCACUGGGCCACAAGGAGCCCCAGGACCUGUGGGAAUACCUGGUGCUCCUGGUGUGCCAGGAGUUACGGGUAAUAUUGGGCCACAAGGUGAUUCUGGACCACCUGGACCUCCUGGAGCAAAAGGCGAGAGGGGUGAACGUGGAGAUCUUCAGUCACAUGCAAUGGUCCGGGCAGUAGCUCGUCAGGUGUGUGAACAGCUUAUCCAAGGUCAUCUGGCCAGGUACAACUCACUCUUAAAUCAGAUUCCAAGCCAGUCUGUCUCAACACGAACAAUCCCAGGACCUCCUGGUGAACCAGGACGGCAAGGAUCACCUGGACCACAGGGAGAACAAGGAUCUCAGGGAAGGCCUGGAUUUCCAGGCAGUCCUGGUCAGCCUGGCAGACCAGGAGAAAGAGGUUUAUCAGGAGAGAAGGGAGAGCGAGGCAACCCAGGUAUUGGAACACAAGGCCCCCGAGGCCCCCCAGGAUCAGCAGGUCCUCCAGGUGAAAGUCGAACUGGCAGUCCUGGUCCUCCUGGUCCUUCAGGUCCAAGAGGACCAGCUGGUCACACAGGUCCCCCUGGGCCACAGGGUGCAGCAGGGCAACCAGGCUACUGCGACCCUUCUUCCUGUGCUGGUUAUGGAACUGGUGGUGGAUAUGGGGAUCCAACUGAUCAAGAUAUCCCUGUCGUGCCAUUGCCACAUAACUCCUACCAGAUCUAUGACCACGAGGAUCUUUAUGAUGAUGAUGAUGAUGAUGAUGAACAGCCUUAUCUAGUUCAUGGGUCCUACCCUCAUCCUCAGUCCUCCUAUCCAGCACCUCGCCUUGCUCAGCCAGAGUUCACACCCGUUCGUGAAGAAAUGGAGGCAGUUGAACUGAGAUCUCCGGGAAUAAGCCGCUUUACAAGAAGAAUGUCCAAAAGAAGCAUCAGGAAACCAAUACGCAAGCGGACAAUUUCAAAAACCUCGUAAUAAAUGAUUUAUUUGCUAUCAUCAAAGAAAUUGUUUACAGGCCUAUAUGUUAAAGGGAAAAAAUAUAAAUAUGUAUUGUACAUGACCACUUUGGCAGAAGAGGGAGCGGGGAAGGCUAAUUACAUUGCAUGCCAGAAAUUGUUAGCAUUAUAGGGGUUUAUUGUUAGAUGAAAACUCCAAGGGACAUUUUUGUAGACCUUUGUAGUUACUUUAUGAAUAUGGUUCAAUGCACAUUUCAAAACUGCAUUGCCAGCUGAUAUAUCUGAAUUAAAUCAAGGAGUAUUAGUUCAGCAAAAUCUUCCUUUGAUUCUGUGCUUUCCUUGCAAAUUAAUCCUACUAAAGCCAACUGUGUUGGUUGAACUUAAAAGAAAAAGAAAAUCAUCCCUUUUGAAGAUUUAUAUUAUGUGGGACUUUCUCCCCAAGGUAUUCCUAUUAAAUUCCUAUUAGAAACGCACCAAUAAUUUAUUGUGGGUUUAUUACUCCUCUUUUUCAUAUACAAAUAAAUGUG